AUGCUCCCCUCUAACCUUGAGUCGCUGCAUUUGGCCAGUCGCUCUCUGCCUCCCAGUCUUUAUGCCGUCAUACAAAAUGGCACCAGCGAUCCUGCCAGGGGCAGAGUGAAUUGUUUCGCGGAGGAAGUCAUUACAACAGCCAACACUCUUUCUCCCUCAGCCUCUACCUCAAUCAGAUCUGUGCAAUCUCUGGCAUGCCCCGAGUCCUCUGCAGCCUUCAUGGAGCACUCAUUGCCUCCUGCCUGCUCCGUAUGCUCUCGGCUAUUCGAAGUCUCUGUCAGCUCAGGUAGUGGCUCCUCUACAUUUUGCACUAUUUUAUUUCGCAUCUACACACUCUCGAAAUAG